GUUUGUGCGCCAACACAAUGAGGUGCAUCAUUCUUGAUAAUUUUGUUAAUAAUAUUCUUAUUAAAAAUUGACAAAUGUUUAACGUAAUUAUUUAGCAAUAAAUAAAAAUUUAACAUAUAAAUUAAAAAAAUGUCUAAAGUUAAAGUUACUGCGGAAUGGAAAAAAAGGGUAAGAUCGGAGUACAUGAGACUCCGACAAAUGAAAAGAUACAAGCGAGCUGAUGAAGUUAAAAUAGCUUGGAAUCAAAAUCGAAAAGUUAUGACAGAUUUAUUAGUAGCAGAACAAAAACGGUGGGCAGAUGGAAAAGCAACGUGGGUAGCGAUGCAAGAUGUCCCAGCCCACGUGUCAUGCAUGAAAAAAGCCGAGGUUACGAGCUCUGAAAACGAUACCCAGACAUGUCCGGUGAAAAUAAUAAACGCGGUGACUCCAAUUCCCACAAUGUACACCUGGGCGCCUAUCCAGCAAAAUUUUAUGGUAGAAGAUGAAACUGUUCUUCAUAAUAUUCCUUACAUGGGUGAUGAAAUCCUUGACCAAGACGGUACCUUCAUUGAAGAACUUAUCAAAAACUACGACGGAAAGGUUCAUGGCGAUAGAGAGUCAGGUUUCAUGGACGACUCAAUAUUUAUUGACUUAGUCAAAGCACUGAUAACUUAUGAGAAAGAAGACAAAGAACGUGAACCAACCCGUAAAGUUCGUGAUAAAGAUGACAAAGAUAAAAAAGAUAGUGAACCACGUGCUGAUAAAACUGCCGAUGUCAAAGAACUUAAGCCUCCAGGACGAUCUCCUUCAAUGCAAAUUUUUAAUGCCAUCUCCAGUAUGUUUCCUGACAAAGGAAGUCCUGAGGAAUUGAAAGAAAAAUAUAUCGAGCUGACAGAACGUUCAGAUCCAAAUGUCCUACCGCCCGAGUGUACUCCGAAUAUUGAUGGUGUCAAUGCUAAAAGUGUACCAAGAGAACAAGUCAUGCACUCGUUCCACACUUUGUUUUGCCGUAGAUGUUUUAAAUAUGACUGUUUUCUCCACCGGCUGCAAGUUUGUCAUCCGGGACCGAAUCUGCAGAAGAGAAAGGGUCCGGACUUGAAACCUUUCUCGGACCCCUGCGGGGCUGAGUGUUACAUGCAUUUAGAAGGAGUGAAGGAAAAAUUAGCAGCGCAGGCAGCUGACAAUAAGGACGAUGAUGCUGAUGACAAACGGGGACCGCGUAAGGUUCGUAAGCAAGCGAGUGUUGACUCGGGAAAUGAAGCCAGCAGUGAGGACAGCAAUGACAGCAAUAAGUACAGUCAAAAUGGAAACUGUCAAGAUUUCAAGCAGAAUGUAAAUCAUGAUUCAAAGGCUGAAAAAACUGAAGAAGAACAAGCGCAACCGGAACACCAGUCGCCCUUCAUGUUACUGGGUCUUGACAAACGCGUAAAGACGGACAGUCAAUUUAUUUGGACUGGCUCAGAACAAAGUAUCUUCCGUGCUCUAUACAAAGCGUUCCCUGGGAAUCCUUGCGCUCUGGCGCAGGCGAUGCUGACGAAAACCUGCAAAGAAGUUUAUGAGUUCGCGCAGAAGGAGGCGCAUGACAUUCCCGCGGUGGAGAGUCUCAAAGAUUACACGCCACCGCGCAAGAAGAAGAAGAAACAUCGUCUCUGGUCAAUGCACUGCAGAAAGAUUCAGCUGAAGAAAGACUCGGGAGCCAAUCACGUCCACAACUUCGCGCCUUGCGAUCAUCCUGGCAGGCCAUGUGACAACUCGUGUCCGUGUAUACAGGCGCAGAACUUCUGUGAAAAGUUCUGUCAGUGUUCAACGGAAUGCCAGAACAGGUUCCCCGGUUGUCGCUGCAAGGCUCAGUGUAAUACAAAACAGUGCCCUUGUUAUCUUGCUGUACGUGAGUGCGAUCCCGAUCUGUGUCAAACUUGCGGCGCGGAUCAGUUCCAGGUCACUCAGAUAUCCUGUAAAAAUGUGAGCGUACAGCGCGGGCUGCACAAGCAUCUUCUGAUGGCACCGUCGGACGUCGCUGGCUGGGGAAUUUUUCUCAAGGAAUCUGCGGUUAAGAAUGAAUUCAUAUCCGAGUACUGUGGAGAGAUCAUCAGUCAAGAUGAGGCUGAUAGACGAGGCAAAGUCUACGACAAGUACAUGUGCAGUUUCCUGUUCAAUCUCAACAAUGACUUUGUGGUCGACGCGACGCGCAAAGGAAACAAAAUCAGGUUCGCAAACCACUCGAUAAAUCCCAACUGCUAUGCAAAAGUCAUGAUGGUAAAUGGCGACCACAGGAUCGGAAUCUUUGCCAAGAGAGCGAUACAACCCGGAGAAGAAUUAUUCUUCGACUACAGAUACGGACCAACUGAGCAACUAAAAUUCGUCGGAAUCGAGCGAGAAAUGGAAUUCCUCUGAUCCCACUUCUCCCGUACUCUACAAAUUGUAAAUACAUCGCGUUCCAAUGGAUUAAUCUACUAAUUAAUUUCAUGUUAUUACACAUUUGCUUGAUAAAUUAUUUUGAUGUCUAUAGACAUUUUAAUAUUUUUAUAUACUUUGCUAUUUAUUCUAGCAAGUAAUUUAAUUAUUAACAUUUAAGUUUCAUCCCAACUAUUUUUUUUUUUGCAAUUUACUAUCGAUCUGCAUCUACAAGUAAUCCGAUACAUUUAUCGAUUUUUAUUUUUACAGUAUACAUUUUAUAAAAAAUGUACUUUUUUAUUUUAUUUCUCCCUUUUAUUUUUAUUUUUCCUUUUUUUGUAGAUAAUAAAUUCGAGUAUUUUUUUA